AUGUUCGCAACACAAUCCCCACAAACCCCCUUCCGCCAAACCCUCUACACCCCAACCCGCCCCUCCCCUCUCAGCGAACACAAAACCCCUCUACCUAUAUGGACCAUGUCCCCGACGCGUAGCAAUGAAACCGCGUCGCAAAGCACAGCACCAAAUCCAUUCAGCAAACCCCCACCAACCUUCAACAUUCAAACCGAGCCAAUCGCCCGACACACUCAGAGCCACCAUUCCCCCAUCCCAAUGCAUUUCCACGCGUCCGCUUCCGCUUCAACAACACCUACCUCAUCAAACCCAUUCCUCGUGCACACUCAAACACCCGCCUCGCCCGCCUCGCCCACCCGCGCAAAACCAAAGUACGAAGCGCGCUACGCAUCCACGAUCGCGAAUCCGCUCCAGGGCGCGGCGGGUCUAGCGCGCUCGAAAACGCGCAAGAUGUUUAUGAAUCGCGUGCGUAAUGAGCGUGACGAUGGACGCUUUGAGGCGCGUGGUGAGCAAAUGAUGCGUAUGGAGCAUCUAGCUGAUCGGAGACGAUGGGAGGAGAGUAUGGCACGGGAUGGGGAGGGGGUUGUUGGGGGUUUUGAGGGGGAGGUGGAUGAAGAUGAUAUGCUUCCUGAUGAUGCCGAUGCGCUUGAUGAGUUUAUAUCUCAAGAAGAGGCUAUGGAGAUGGCUCUUAGGGAGACGCAGAGUGGGCUUCCUGGGAGGGUUGGGGAUUUACGGUCUAAUGGACCCGGUGUUCUGUUUAGUGAUGAUGAGUAUGAUGACAUCUUUAUGGGAUUGUCAGAGCCUCGGGGGAAUCAGUCUCAGUCGCAGUCUCAGGAUAUGGAUAUGUCGUGA